UGUCUUCCUUAGUACGUUAGUUGCAUUUUUUUUAACUUAAAGUCGGGGCCAUAGGACAACUGUUUCAAUAGAGGAAAUGAGCUUGAACGCCAAAGGGUAGUGUUUUCACUGAAAGAGUAAGUCAGCCAGACGGUUCUUUCUAAGUGCUCUGUUCUCUUUCCAAGUAAGGAACUUCUCGGUGACUUGAUGUGAAGGGUAACAUAAAUGUCCUCAGAAGACAGAGAAGCCCAGGAGGAUGAAUUACUUGCCCUUGCUGGUAUUUAUGAUGAAGACGAAUUCAAAAGGGCCGAAUCUUCCCAGGGUGGUGAGUUUCGGAUCUGUCUCACAUUGCCACCAAAGUUUAGAGUACUAGUGGAUGGCAGAAAUGAACAGGUCAUAUAUAUGGUUGAUUUUUUGCCACCAGUUGUCCUGAAGUUUGAACUGCCUGUAGAUUACCCUUCAGCUUCUGCUCCUACAUUCACACUUCAGUGCAAAUGGCUCUCUGAAACCCAGCUUACCAGUCUGUGUACACAUCUGGAUGAGAUCUGGGAAGAAAACAGAGGAUGUGUUGUUUUAUUUUCCUGGAUGCAGUUUCUCAAAGAUGAAGUUCUCUCUUUCUUGAACAUCAGCUCUUCACUACUGUUAAAGCCAGCUGAAAUAAGAAGAGGUUAUCACCAGCCAUUGACUUCUGAGGAGGCAGAACAGACCAGCUUUGUGGAGGCACAAGACACAGUGGGUCCAAGCUUCUGUGACCCAAGAGCUAUACAAGAUGUGGAGGCAUGGACAAACAUUCUGCCAGAGAUCCUAGAUUUUAACCAUCAUCAGAAGCAAAAAAAGUUCAACAGUACAAUUUAUUCUUGCAAGAUCUGCUUUUUAGAAAAACUCGGAAGUGAUUGCCUGUGUUUUAACAAGUGUGAACAUGUGUACUGCAACAAUUGUCUGAGAGAGUAUUUUGAAAUCCAGAUUAAAGAUGGCAUGGUUCAGUCACUUAUCUGUCCAGAACCAAAGUGCCAUUCUGUUGCCACUCCAGCACAGGUAACAUCUUCUGUUUUACACUUAUUAAGACAGUCCUGCUCAUUCUUUAUUCAAACAUGUCUUCAUAGUUACAUGGGAACAAAAAGUAUUGUGGCUGCUGCUGUUCUUGCUGAUUUGAUUAUGAAUAGUCAAGCAUUUAAAAGGUGA